UGUUUAGAACUUGGAACUUUUAAGAACAUGCAGUGCAAGAUGAAUUUGAUUUUAAACCAAUAACUCCCACCCCAGAGGAUUCGUCGAUCCCACCCUCGUCGUCUACGCGAGCUUCCCUCUCUCAGGCUGCUAUUUCAAAAGCUCCAAGCUACAUCUCUAGCUCGUUGAUGCCUUCAUCUCUAUAAACAUGAAGGUAAAUUGACAUUUUGUUGGCUGAUAUUGAAUUUUGAGAUCUAAAAUUUGAAGGAUGAGGCAAUUUAAGGAGGAAGUAUACUACAAUGUCACUCAAGCCAUUGACUUAAUGUCAGCGGUAAAGGAAUUAAAUAAAUUUAGUUCUCAAGAACUUGGUAAACUGUUGAGGGACUCUGAGAAUUUUGUAAUACACUACACUUCUGAAAACAACAUGCAGAUGACGAUCGACGUAGAAAAGCUUGCAUGCUUCCUUCCUUUGCACCUCAUGGCUGUUCUUAUAUCAUCUAACAGAGAUGAGGCAUUGUACAAAUAUCUGCUAUGUGGUGUGCGGCUCUUGUAUUCCCUAUGUGAUUUAGCACCCCGACAUGCUAGACUUGAGCAGAUUUUGCUAGAUGAUGUGAAAAUGUCAGAGCAGCUGCUUGACCUGGUCUUUUAUAUGCUAAUUGUUCUUGGAGGUUUCAAAGAGGAAAAUUAUCAAUCUGAUAGCAUUUCUGUUGCUCAUUCGUCGCUGGUUGCAUGUAGUCUCUAUCUAUUAACAGGAUGUAUCUCAUCACAGUGGCAAGAUCUUGUUCAUGUAUUGAUUGCACAUCCUAAGGUAGACAUUUUUAUGGAGGCAGCUUUUGCUUCAGUUUUCCAGAGUGUUAAAGUUUUGGACCUCCGGCUGUCAACUAAGAAUUCUGAUUCAACUUGCACGGUUCCCGUCGCAGAACUAAUCAACUAUCUAUGUCUUCAGUGUGAAGCUUCUUUACAGUUUCUCCAAACACUUUGCCAACAAAAAGCAUUCCGUGAGCGUCUAUUGAGGAAUAAGGAACUUUGCUGUAAAGGUGGUGUAUUGUUUCUUGCUAGAGCCAUCUUGAAGUUGAAUGUUGCGCAUCCUCAUCUCCAGUCCUCUAGAGUUGGUGCUACCUUAUCUAGACUGAAAGCAAAAGUUCUUUCUAUUCUUCUGAGUCUAUGUGAAGCAGAAAGCAUUUCUUAUCUGGAUGAAGUUGCCAGCACUCCGAGAAGCUUGGAUUUUGCGAAGUCUGUUGCAUUACAGAUUCUUGAGCUAUUGAAGAAUGCACUUAGCAGGGAUUCCAAAAGUAUAUUUUCUUGUUCAGAAAAGAGGUAUCCAACAGGCUUUUUGCAACUCAAUGCUAUGCGCCUGGCUGAUAUCUUCUCAGAUGAUUCCAAUUUUCGAUCUUACAUCACAGUUAACUUUACUAAGGUUUUGACAGCAGUGUUUUCACUCUCCCAUGGAGAUUUUCUAUCCAGCUGGUGUUCUUCUGAUCUCCCUGUUAAGGAAGAGGAUGCAACUCUAGAGUAUGAUUCUUUUGCAGCAGCUGGUUGGGUUUUGGACAAUUUUUUUUCGUCGGGCAUUUUACAUCCAAAAAAUUUGGACUUUACCUUGAUUCCAAGUGUUAUGGCUCCAGCUUCAUAUGCACAUCAGAGAACAUCGUUAUUUGUCAAAGUAAUUGCAAAUCUCCACUGUUUUGUUCCAAGCAUAUGUGAAGAACAGGAAAGAAAUCUCUUCCUUCAUGGAUUUGUUGAUUGUUUAAAAAUGGAUAUUGUCAAAGCAUUACCUGGAUCUGAUGGUUCAAAAGCUACCAAUGUUUGCAGGAAUCUGCGUUCACUGUUGAGCCAGGCAGAAUCUUUAAUUCCUAAUUUUUUAAAUGAAGAGGAUGUACAGCUCUUAAGAGUGUUCUAUGACCAAUUACAGAAGGCUAUUACUUUUUCUGAAUCGGAAGGAAAUAGAGUUCAGGAUGCCCAAAGUGUAGAAGGCGGCGUGUCACCUUUAGUGAAAGAACUUUCACAUCUUGAUAAUGGAAAUGGUAAUUUGAAGGAAGAAGGAAUGUCCGAGACUUCUGCUUUUCAAGAAAUGGAAAAUUGUGUUGAGACCGAACGAGGUGGUCAAGGUGAUACUGUAUUGAAGGAGCCUAAAAGCAAGGAUGAAGAUGAAUCUGAAAGAAAUGCAUCCGGGAUUCCAAAAGGGGAUGAGGGAGAUAUACAGAAUGUUGAAACUAGUGGAUCUGACACAAACUCUACUAGAGGAAGGAAUGACAUUAAGCAAACAGACAUUGUCGAUUCUUCCAAGUCCAAUGAGAAUGCCAAAGAAACUGAACAAGCUGGAAGCCUAGAGGAAGAGAAGAUUGAAAAUGUUCACAGUGAAGAGAAGAUUAGAAGAAAACGAAAACGUACUGUAAUGAACGAGAAGCAGAUCUCAGUUAUUGAGAGAGCUCUCUUGGAUGAACCCGAAAUGCAGAGAAAUCCAGCUUCAAUCCAAUUUUGGGCCGAUGAAUUAAUUCGUUAUGGUUCUGAGGUGGCAUCAUCUCAACUUAAAAAUUGGCUGAACAAUAGGAAAGCGAGGCUAGCACGCACAGCUAGGGAUAGCCGUGCAACCUUAGAAGCUGACAAUGCAAUUCCAGAUAAGCAAGGGGGCAUUGCUGCUGGAUCCUGUGACUCACCUGAUAGCCCAUGUGAAGAUAAACAUGUACCUAAUACAGGAAGGGAUCGAAGAACUGCAUCAAGAACUAACACAGCUAAUAAUCCUAAGAAUUCAACAACAGAGUUCAAUGACAGUGGCCCAACGGAAUUUGUUCACUUCAAGCCAGGGCAGUAUGUCAUUCUUGUAGACGUGCUCGGAGAGGAGAUUGCAAAAGGAAAAGUGCAUCAGGUACAUGGUAAAUGGUAUGGGAGAAACCUAGAGGAACUUGAAACAUUGGUUAUUGAUAUUGAUGAAUUGAAGGCCGAUAAAAACACGGUGCUUCCAUACCCAUACGAGGCCACAGGCACCUCAUUUCAUGAGGCAGAAACUAAAAUUGGUGUCAUGAGAGUUUUGUGGGAUUUUAACAAAAUCUUCAUGUUGCAGUCACAAUGAAGGGGCAGCGAUGCAAUUAUUUUUGUUUUACUAGAUAACUUAAAUUCAAUUGAUGUUGGUUUUAGUUUAGGAUUUUGAGUUGUGAAUAAUAUUUGUAGUUCUGUGUAAUAAAUAUUAAUCUCUCCUUUGGCACAUCCUUCAAACAUUGGCCAUUCUUAACAAGCCUCCACAAUAUUGUUUUUGUUA